AAUCAGACUUGGAGUGUUGGGGAUUUGAGAAAAUUCACUUACUAGAUCUUUCCAGUGCAUCAGCUAGAAGAGGUACUUCUUAAAAUUUCUUCAACAGUACUUUUUUGCUCUCUGUGUAUCUAUUUCUGCGCUUUUUUUUUUUUUUUUGAUUGGUAUUGUCCUUUUGUUUUGCUUCUAAUCUUUUUCCUUUACUACUUGUUUUAAUUUGGAUCUAUUACAUCUGAAUUUUUGUCUGUCAUUCUCUCUCUCUCUCUCUCUCACCAUCUGCAACCCCUUCCCUCUGAAUCAUCUUGUCAAUCUUCGCUUUGUGGAUUCAAAAUCAAAAUCAGACUUGGUGUUUUGUGGAUUCGAGACCAACUUACUAGCUCCAUCCAGACAAAUCCAUAAGCCAGAGAGAGAAAAGAAAAAGAAAGACGUUGAAGGUUGCUGGAGAAUUAAAAAUGGGGGACGAUAUUGCUAGUAAUGUUGUGGUAACGAUGCUGGAGCCCAUCAGAGACAGCUUGUACGCAUUCAUCAGACGUCAAUUUGGUUAUUUGGUUCACUGCAAGAGAAACGUUAAGGAUCUCGAAGAUGAAGUUAAUAAACUUAGAGAUGCCAUGGCAAGUGUACAAACAAGGGUUGAUGCAGCCUUGAACAAUGCUGAAGUCAUUGAGGAUAAUGUUUCGAGGUGGCUGGAGGAAGUGCAGAACUCAUUGACGACGAUGGAAGAAGACAUGGACAGAUUAGUGCAAGGCACACAAAAUCUCAAGUGUCUUCAUGUUUGCUCGCGAUAUCGGUUGGGUAAAGAAGGAAAGAAGCAGCAGCCUGUUGUUACUAAGCUUAUAGAGGACGGCAAAUUUGACACUGUUGCACACCGACCUCCUCUCACUGAUACUUGGCACAGAACAUACAGCAUAAAUUACGAGAGUUUCAAAUCCAGGGAGUUGAUUUUUAAGGAGAUCAUGGAGGCACUAAAAGAUGAUACAAAAUACAGGAUUGGAAUACAUGGAAUGCCUGGUGUUGGAAAGACAAGGAUGAUGGACGAAGUUGCCCAACAAGCCAAAAAAGAGAGGCUUUUCGAGGAGAUCGCCAAGAUAGUUGUCUCCCAGAAUCCAAUUUUGGAGGAUAUUCAACAAAAGCUUGCGGAAGGUUUGAAUUUGACAUUAAAUAAAGACACUAAAGAUGCAAGGAAGAGUCUGUUAUGCGAUAGAUUGAAAAAAGGUAAAAAGAUCCUUAUAAUGGUAGAUGAUGUUUGGAAUGACGAAAUUAAGUUAGAGCACAUUGGAAUACCGGCUGCGGAUGAUCUUCCCAAGGGCAGCAAGAUUAUCCUAACCUCCCGGAUGAGAGAGGAGUGCCUACGAAUGGGGGUUCAAAAGGAAUUCGAAAUUGGGGUUUUGUCCGAACAUGAAGCAUUGGACUUAUUUAAGAAAACGGUGGGAGAUUUUACAGACUGUGGUGAACAGCAUUCUGUAGCUAAAGAAGUGUGUCGUGAAUGUGAUCGUUUGCCAUUGGCAAUAGUUACAGUUGGAGCAGCGUUGCGGUAUGAGAAAGAAACUGAUGCAUGGAUAAAUGCACUUGAACAAUUGAAACAUUCGAAGGCAUAUAAUAUUCCAGGAGUGUCAGACAAACUGUAUUCGGGCAUACAGUUGAGCUACAAGUAUCUGAAGCUGAAAGAUCAACAAUUAUGCUUUCUGCAUUGCUGCUUGUUUCCGGAAGAUGCUGAAAUUUCUAUUGAUGACUUGGCAAUAUAUGGAGUGGGAACGAGAUUUCUUGGAGACACAGAUAGAGAAUCAAUGGAAAAAGCAAGGCAGAGAACACGUACGUUGAUUGGUACCCUCAAGAGAUCUAACUUGUUGUUAAAUGGCAGGAAUCAAAACUUUGUCAAAAUGCACGAUGUCAUUCGAGAUGUGGCGAUAUUGAUUGCAUUAGAAGAGAAAAAUGCCAUGUUUCUAGUGAAAGCUGGUGUCCGGAAGUGGAUAGACGAGGAUGAAUAUAAACAAUGCAAAGCAAUCUCAUUAAGGUUCAAUGAUGAUUUUGUGCUUCCCGAUGAUUCAGAAUGUAAAGAAGUAUGCACCUUAAUGUUGGAAUUCCGUAAGCUUUCAUCAGAAAUUCCAAGUAGCUUUUUUAAAGUGAUGGAGAAGCUUAAAGUUUUACAAUUGCGUAAUAUGCAGAUUUCGGAACUACCGUCGUCCCUUAAAAAUCUUAGGAUGUUACGGCUAUACAACUGCAAAUUGGUGAAUGUAGCUUUUCUCAAGGAAUUUAAAAAACUUGAGAUACUAUGCAUUCAAGAUUUUGAUCUCAAAGAACUGGCUCCAGAAAUAGGACAAUUGACUUGUUUGCGGUUGUUGGAUGUGAGGGGUUGUUACAGGCUCAAAUUCAUUCCCUUGGGUGUUAUAUCAAGUCUAUCCCAGCUUGAGGAAUUGUGUAUUCCAGAUGAGUUUGACCAAUGGGAGGUUAAAGACAAUGCAAGUCUUAAUGAACUAAACUCAUUGAAGUGCUUAAUUAGUUUACAAGUUUCUGUGCCAGAUCGCCCAGAUGUUAUGUCAUUGCUCCUCAAUGAGCCCCUGUUUAACUCGUUGAUCAGUUUUAAAAUAUCCAUCGGGAGCAAGUUUAUUUCAGAUUUCGGGAAUUAUAAUUUUUCUCUCUCAGCAGCAAGUUGGUUGAAAGUAGUGGGUUUCCCUUUGAAGAAGGAGCUUAACAUUUUGAUGGAGAAAACUGAAGUACUAUAUUUAAAAGACUUGGAAGUUAUAGAAAAUCUUCCUAAUGGACUGUGUGGAUCUGGUUCAUUUAGUAAAUUAAGUUGGUUAAAAGUUGUGUACUGUGAAUUAAUGAUAUAUCUCUUCUCCUCAGCCACUGCAGGAGGUCUUUCGCAACUCCAAGAAUUAACUAUAAGUGGUUGUGAAAUCAUGGAGGAAAUAGUAAGAGAUGACGAGGAAGGCAUGGAUGCAGUUAUUAUUUUUCACCAUUUAAAGAAAAUAGAGUUGGAGGAUCUACCCAAGCUCAGAAGUUUCUAUGCCAAUAAGAAGAAGUCAACAACUAGGGGGGAAUGCAACACUUCCACCCUCGUGCAAGCUUUGUUUAACCAUAAGGUUGCAUUCCCUGUCUUGGAGCAACUACAUAUUGAAGGAUUGAAAAGCCUUACAGCUAUAUGGGAAGGCCAAUCCCAAUCACUUAUAGUGAAGGAAGCACAAGUUUCCUUUCAAAGCCUAAGGUUCAUGAGUGUAUGGAGUUGUGAGAAAUUGAUGAAUGUGAUUGUCUCCGAUAUGCUCCCAAGCUUACAGAAGCUAGAAAAACUUAAAGUCUAUUUUUGUGAUUCAGUGGAAGAGAUAGUUGCAGUUGAAAGGGGACAAUUAGGAGAAGAAGAUGUAGUGCAUGAUGAGAUCAUUGUCUUCUCUCAAUUGAAGUAUUUGCAACUUGAAAAGUUGCCAAAUCUCAAAAGUUUCACUCAUGGAUCCAAAGAGGAUGAAGAAACAGUGGAUCAAAUCAUUCCCAGAGUGGAAGCCAUCUUCAACCACAAGAUCUUGGUGUUCUCUCAAUUAAGGACUAUGAGACUUGAAGGCUUACCCAAGCUCAGUAGUUUCUGUUGCUCCAGAAGAGGAGGAGAAGAAUUGGUAGUGGAGGAGAGUAAUAUUGACCAACGAAAAGCAUUCUUCAACCACAAAGUUAAAUUUCCUUGCUUGGAAGAAUUAUUUAUGAAGAGAUUAGACAGCUUGGAAGAGAUAUGGCACAGCACAAUUUCAAACGACUGUGUUUCCAAACUGAGAAAGUUAGAAUUGGAAUGGUGUCGCAAGCUAUUAAAUGUUGCUUCAACAGAAUUGCAUACAAGUUUCCAGAACCUAGAAGAAGUCAAAGUGCUACAAUGUGAGUCCCUGCAAGAGGUAUUUAAAGUUGAAGGGUCAAAGGGGGCAGAAGGAACAGUUGUGUUCCCUCAAUUAAGGACCAUGAGACUUGAAGACUUACCCAAGCUCAGUAGUUUCUGCUGCUCCACAAGAGGAGGAGAAGAAUUGGUAGUGGAGGAGAGUAAUAUUCCCCAACAACAAGCACUCUUCAACAACAAGGUUGCAUUCCUUGCCUUGGAGAAAUUGAGUAUUACAAAUUUGGAAAGCCUUGAAGCCAUAUGGAAUGACCAAUCACAAUCACUUCUAUUGUAUGACGCAGAAGAUAACUUCCAAUUCCUGAAGUGCAUAGAGGUCAAUGGAUGUAACAAAAUGGUGAAUGUGAUUCCAGCCAAUGUUCUCCCAAGGUUACAGAACCUAACACAACUCCACAUUUCUAAAAGUCACAAUUUGAUAAAUGUAUUCUCAUCAUCCAUGGCAAAAUAUCUUGUGCACCUCCAAGAAUUAAAAGUGACCGAUUGUGAGAAGAUGGAAGAGAUUGUUGCAGUUGAAAGGGGACUAUUAAGCGAAGACGGAGAAGAAGAUCUAGGGCAUGAUGAGAUCAUUGUCUUCCAUCAAUUAAAACACUUGACCCUUCAACAAUUGCCAAACCUCAACAGUUUCUGCAGCAUUUGUGGAUCCGAGAAAGAAGAAGAAAUUGCGGAGCAGAAUUUUGGCAGAAUGGAAACCCUCUUUAAUUACAAGGUUAGGUUUCCAGCUUUGGAGGCAUUGAAAAUUGGAAAAUUGAAAAGACUCACAGUGAUAUGGGACAAACAAUUAUUCCUAGGUUCAGAAGCACAAGAAUCCUUUUGGCAGCUAAGAUUUGUCACCGUUCAUGAAUGCGAUAAACUAGUGAAUGUAAUUCCACCCAAUGCAUUCCCAAUGUUACAGAACCUUGAAAGUCUUGAAGUUGUAUCAUGUGAUUCAAUGGUAUAUGGAGCAGAAGUGGCUGCUAUUGAAGAAGGCAGUGUGAUUCAAUGGUUUCCUCAAUUAAAGAAAUUGGAGCUUAAAAAAUUGCAAAACCUCAAAAGUUUCUGCUACAGUAAUAUUGGUGGAUCCAAAGAAGAAGAAGAAGAAGAAGAAGAAGAAGGUGGUGGUAAGACCUUGGUGUUCCCUCAAUUAAACACUAUAAGACUUGAAGAGUUGCCAAAGCUCAGCGGUAUCUGCUGCUCAAGAAGAGGUGAAGAAGAAAGUGUACUGAAGGACAGUGAUAUUCCCCAACAAGAAGCUGAUCUCUUCAACUACAAGGUUGAAUUUCCUAUCUUGUUGGAGGAAUUGGUACUAGGUAAUGAAAGCAUCAUUGGAGGUUUUCAGAAAAAAUUGUACAAAGUAAGAUCCAUGAAGGUGAAGAAAUACAACAACUUAGUGAAUGCUUGUACCCUGCUACAGUGGUUUGAGGUUGUUGAAAAACUGAGUCUGGAAUCUUGUGACUCAUUGGAGGUUAUCUUCAACCUUGAAGGACUUGGUGCCAUUGAAAGAAAGGCAAUUGUGUCUUCUCAAGCAAAAGAAUUGACACUCAGGGAUUUACCUAAAUUGGAAUCGCAGGGGCUUUUGGUGUUUCACAACCUAACGUCUUUGUAUGUUAGUACAUGCAACAGGCUGAGGUAUGUAUUCUCCCUCUCAAUAGCAAGAGGUCUCACACAACUCAGAGACCUAACAAUUAGGGAAUGUAGUGUGAUGGAAGAAAUAGUUAGAAGUGAAGGACAAGGAGAAGAAGAUGACAUGGAUGAAAUUGUGUUCUCUCAACUUAAAAAACUGUUUUUGUGGGUGCUACCAAACCUUACAUGUUUUUGUGGGACAAAUAAUGCUUUUAAUUUCCCAUCCUUGAAGUUGGUUUGUCUGGAGGAAUGUCCCAAAUUGCAGACCUUCACAUCAGGAGGCAUAACCACAUCUGGAGGCAUAACCUUAAGAAUUGAUUUUGAGGACCAACACGAUGUGAGCGACCUUAAUAGCCAUGUGCAGCGGAGGAUAAUUUCCCAUCCUUGA